AUGUCUAUCAAAGAAGAAGAUACUCAACCAGAAGAUGCAGGGACAGCGGAUGCACAGACCAAGCUGGAUGGAUCAAAAACGCAGACUAGCGCUGUAAAGCAAGAAACAUCGGACGCUCAUGUAGAACCCAAAACGGUUCCUCAAAAGGCAGUGGGCGUGGCCAGACUGCUGGUAUAUAGUCGACCACCGCGAGCACGCGCCGACUAG